GCCACGGAGCGCACAGUCUUACCAGUGGAGAAGACACCUGUUACUGACGGAGAAAGUGGACAAAGACGACUGUGUCUCUCGACACCUGACUGCACCUACUCCACACGCCCACGCAUCCCACUGUCUGGUGGGACCAUGUGGGUUCUGGAUAAGAUCCGCGGAACGGUGGAGAGCGGCGUGCUGCAUCACGGGGAGAACGGAGACAAGAAAUGCGUCGCCUACAGCAACGUCCUCACCCCCGACAAGAUCCCAGACUUUUUCAUUCCCCCAAAGCUGGUCAGCACCCCCCCAGAACCUGAGAUUCCUACUGUGACGCUCAAAGAAGGACUGCAACCCUCAACUUCGGAGCUAACUGUCAGCGGUGGGAAGAAGAUCAGCAGCCCGAGAAGUCCACGCCUGGUGGCGAAGAUCGCAGGGGACACCAAGAACCUGCUGAGAGCAGCAAACCGACACAUCAUACAGAUAGAGAGUGCUGAUGAUGUUGGAGACACCAAUGCAGACCCCCAGUCGCAGACAGCAAUGUCCCUGCCUUAUGUGCCUAAGACUCAAACACCUUAUGGCUUUGCAACCUUGAAGGAAAGCCCCCACACUCGCCGUAAAGAGUCACUUUUCCACUGCGAGCUUACCAGUCCUAUCACCUCCCCAAACACCCAGAGGAAGACCCAGGGUAGAGGCAGCGAAGGGGGAAACCACCUGAACCCAGCUGACUGCAACACCGCUCACAUGAAUCCGUACCGGUACUUCAGCGGAGGGGAAAGUGACACGUGCUCCUCAGCCGAGUCCUCUCCCUUCAGCUCUCCCCUGCUCUCCCGCUCCGCCUCCUUGCUCAAGAUCUUCACCCACGAGACGCAGGCCAAAGUCGUGAAAGCCAAGCGGACGUUUGCCCGUCACAGCUCUCUCUCCACCGACGAGUGCAGCUCGGCCGAGCCCAGCCCCAACAUCCAGCGACGGCUCCACGUCCCCUCCUUCCACGGUGCCGGAACGUCCGACCACGGGCUCCAUCGGGAGCACACCAUCAACCUGCACAAAGGCGGGUCGGUGAGGAUCAGCGCCAACUACGACUCCAGCACCUCCCGCCUGCUCAUCCGUGUCCUGGUGGCGGAGAGUCUUUACGACAAGCACUUUGACAUCAAGAGCAUCAACUGCUGCGUGUCCGUCUACCUGAACCCGGGCAAGCAGCAGAAGCAGAGGAGCAACAUCAUCAAGAACAGCCGCAAUCCGGUCUUCAACGAGGACUUCUUCUUUGACUCGAUAAGCUUGGUUCAAGUGAAGAACCUGCUGAUGAAGUUCAAGGUGGUGAACAAAGGCACCAGCCUCAAGAGGGACACCCUGCUGGGGGAGCGGGAGGUGCCUCUUAAAAAGUUGCUCUCAGGGGUUUAAAGUCACAGGACCAAAGGUCAAAGGAGGCAAAAAAGGACACUGAUUGAAACUUAAAUUAGAAGUUUGUACUGGUUUCUAUUCAAACUGCUCUUUUUAUUCCAAUGAAAACCAUGGACAUUACAAGGAAUGGAGAAGGUAGUGAAAUACAUUGUCAGAAGGAAAGAGGGGCUUUCUUCUGAGAUCUGAAAAGACCGCCAAGCUCAGAAAAUGAAGCUCUUGAUGUUCGUGGACGGAUGAUUUGUGGUGGUCGAAGCCGGCCUGGUUCCUUCCCCCAAUAAUGAAUGCUCAUUAAACCAAGCCGGGCUCGACAGCAACAGAUUCAUGAUGACAGAUGAAAGGGUUUCUAUUCCUGGACAUGUCUCCCGACCAACUUCUUCAGCCAGGUCUGGUUCAAAGGUUGGACGACACCUGUGCAUCAGCCCUCAUCGCUAUCCCUGCCUGCACUUUGUGUUUGUCAUGUGUGGCAUGGUUUUAUUAUUGUAAUAUGACAUAAAUCCACAGCAGCGCAGGAUGUGAUUCUGCAUUAUCUACACCGUAUGUUCCGCACAAAGAUGCUUUUGUGAAUCAGAGCUUUGAAGUGGCACUACAUCCUGAUGUGCAAAUGACCCUUUGAUCCCAGUUGCCAUGGCCCACCUCCUACUGGGGAGGGCGAGGGACAAACAGAGCAGCCACAAUAGUCACAUUUACAUGCACAUCAAAAUUUGAAUUAUAAUGCAAAGUCCUAUGAUUGCCAUCAUCUGAUUAUGUCAGUCUAAUUUCUUAUUAACCGUAGAUACAUGUGCUGCAAAAAAAUCUAAUUAUUCUGUAGCUUAGUAAAAUUAAUGUAACUUUAAAGUAAAAGGAGCCCUGUGGAGUUUUCUAGUAGAUUAUAUUUACACUCAGUGUUUUUUACUACAAUGCAUCGUGUCAAUCCUCGAGGUCUAACAAACGUGUUGAAUGCAUUUCCUUCCCCAUAAAACAACUUUUUAAAUAUUUGUUUACGUCCCUGUUCGCUUGAUUGAUUGAAGUAUGUCUCUCAAUCAGCAGAAUAGUAUUAAUCCAACGGCAUUGUGCACGACGCAAAUAAAAUGAGCACCCACUCUCACAAUCACUACACCCCAGCGCUACUAGCGGUAAAACACUCCACAGGGUACCUUUAAAGUUGAUUUUUCUUUGAACAAUUUUUCAAAAUCUGUGCAGUAACGGUGUUUAAACCUGUUUCUAAUGCAAAUCAAUAUAUUUCAAGUAUAUUGUUUGUUUUAACCACGUCGUCACUCACAAUUACUUGGCUUAUAUAUGAAUUAUAGUGCAUUACCUUUUGUCGGUAUAAGUAUGAACAUUGAAUGAGAACAAAAGUUGAUUUCAAAUGGAAACAGGUUGAAGUAUUCUUACUGCUUACUUUUUUUUUUGUUUGUUUUAUAAAUAUAUAGACAGAAAUCUAUAAUGCAGUGUGGAGAUUUUAAUGUCUUUAAUAGCCACCAGUUUUGUUUUUAACUGCAUGAAACCCAACACGGGGAGACAUGAGAAAAUUCCUUCAUAUGUAUGUAUAUAUAUGUAAUUGAUUUCUGUUGGGUUAAUGAAAUCUCUUGAACUUUUUGAACGACCUGUGUGGACGUUCCAGCUGCAGCCCGUCACGCACGGCUCAUCCAGUGUGGGCACCUUGAUUAAAUCUUGUGCAACUAGGCAACGAGCUCUCGCCACAUCUUCACUCUGCAUUCACACCGGUCGGCGAUACCUCCGUGUUAUUCUGCACGGAUUCUCAACAACCAAGACGAUUAUCCUAGGAUUAUUUAGUCAGUCACACAGCCUUUCAGCUUCAGACGAAUCUGUCUCUCCAAAAGGGUGAUUUAAAAGUCACAGUUUUUACACUGUAAUCAAGUGCAACGUGUUUGUCAUGUAAACAGAAGUUAACAAUCGUCAAUUUAUGCAAAAAGGCUGCUGCCUUAGUCACAGUAUUGACAGUGGACUAAUACAGUACUUGUGUGCAUGUAAAUGUAUUUAAUGUCUCACAUGAGAAGAACAGUCACAAUGACGAUUACCAGUUGCAUGGCACAAAUAUGUCACUGACAUACUUGUGUUUGCAUGACAUGCUCAAAGUUUCAUCAAACCCUAAAGCCUUACUUAGUGUGUGUGUGUGUGUGUGUGUGUGUGUGUGUGUGUGUGUGUUUGAGAGUAUGUUUUGAUCAGCAUGACAUUUUGCCCAAAGUUGUUAAUUCUCUUUGUACAACAUGUAGUAUUUUGUAAAAUGUGUUUGAAUGGUUUUGAAAGGUGUGUUGAAUUUGUACUGUACAUAACUACAUAUUUAUGUACUAGUUUCUACAAUUGUUAGCGAAAUGCCAAUUAUGCACCAGCGAGUGAGAAAUGCUCACGAAAGGUAUUUUAAUUACGUCUGUUUACAUCUCUAAUGAAGCCCUGGAGGAAGAGGUGGAAAUGUCAAAAAGGAGAUAAGGAAAACAAUAUCAUGUGCUUUGACAGCUUGCAGCUCUCUCCUCUUUCGGCCGAGUCGAGCAACUGAAGACAGAAAAGAAGUCAGAGACAUCACAGUGAUGCAAAUUACUUAGGUGUCUUACACACAGCCAAAAGCUUCAAUUUAUUUCUGAGAGCAUUACUCUCACCUGGUGUUUGUAGCUCACUUGUAGCACUGUUCUUGAUAUGCUCUCUCUAUAUAUUAUAUACAGUGACACUGCUGGUUGGCUUUGUUGUGAAAAUCAGUGAUCUGUUGUAAUCCCUGUUGCGAACAUACAGAGCCUGCUUGUAGGGUUAUUGCAUUUUCAAUACUUCCCAAAUGGUAUUCAGCCCUGUUGUUACCAAACUCUUUCUAAGGUUUCUUCUAGCAUGACUAUCAUACUUCAGUAGUGUCAGUAAUGAAUUUCAGUGGAUUCCUAUUGUGCAGUGGUGGGUCGCCUUGUGCUCUGAUUUGGUGCCGACACAAAUGUUUAUAAUGAUGCACCUGAAAUGUGGCUGAUGUGUUCCGCAAGCUGCCCAACUGAGACCUUUUUUUUCUCAUAACUAAUUGUUUUGACUGUUUUAUCAUGUGGCUUGUCAUUUAAUAUAAUGGAAAUGCAGUGAGAAAUUAAAACAAUAAACAGUUAUCUGGC